AUGGAGAACAACGAGAUUACUGAAGCUCGCUUCGCCGGGAUCAUGGCGGCUGUCGGUAGCCCUUUCGAGUUUCCCCCAUCAGUCUACAUGCAGAGACUCGAGGAAGAAACGAAGCGCGAUAACAGCUUGGUUCCAUUUUUGAGCAAGGUAUCUAGGGUCGACACCACCCCUCGUCAGUCACACAAGUCGUGGCUCGAGAAGCUCGCCACCGCGGACUUUGUAAGCGUCAGAGCUGUCUGCCGUCUUGAUCUCGACUUGGUCGUUAACAACAUCGGUUAUUUUGAUCUACUCAUCAAUGAUGAGGCCACUUAUACCGUGGCACCAUAUCCUGACGUUCUGGGCCCAUGGACAACCAAUUGA